AAGAUUUAAACAAUCAAACCCAACCUUCCCAAGAAAAGGCAAAAAGUAGUGCCACCGUCAAGUCCAAAUAGCUAUAAUAUACCGCGAAUCUUCUUCUUCUUCUCUUUCGUUCCUUCCACACAUAUAAAUACUCCACUCUAAACCUCCCCAAACUACCCAAAAACCCUAACCAAGUUGCAACAUUGCAAUGGCAACCACUAGAUUAUUGCGCGUCUCCAGUAACCCACAAUUGAAUUUUCUCGGAUCUGGUUCUUCUUCGUCUGGGGUCAGGUGUUCGGUGCCGAGUGGAGACUAUGAGCAUCAGAAGAAGAAGGUUAAGAAUAAUAACGGGGAUGAGAUGAAGAAGAAUUCGCAAAUGGGGACUACUAAUACUCAUCGUCAUCUUCUUCAAGCUGCGAAGCCAUCCUUGGCUACCGCCGGCGCGGUAGCUGGUUCGGGGAGCUUGAUUUUGAUUACGUCUGAGCCCAAGGAGAGGAUCGAUGGAGCGAUUUUCGAUUUGGUUUCAUCUCUUUCGAGCAAAGCGAACAAUGCUCUAUUGAUUCUGUUCAGAGAACGCUUCAAACGAAGAUCUUUAAAACAAAAUAUUCAGAUGUUCAUGGAAAGGGGCAUAAUUAACUGUCGAUUCUUUGCGUUAUUUGCUGUCGCCGGAUCCUUGCUUGGUUCAAUAUUGUGUUUUGUUGAGGGAUGCUUUCUCGUUCUACAGUCAUAUUUCCAGUAUUUUCAUAACUUGUCACACAAGGCUGACCAAGGACAUGCGAUGCACUCACUAAUUGAAGCCACUGAUAUGUUCAUAGUAGGAAUGGCCAUGCUUAUGUUCGGAUUUGGGCUAUAUACUAUGUUUGUUGGCUCAAAGUCUGUGAAAGAAAAAGGGCCAUGGCUUGCUGGCUCUAACUUGUUUGGUCUAUUCUAUAUGAAGAGUCUUCCAAGUUGGGUUGAAAUGCAAUCGGUUUCACAGGCAAAAUCAAAAUUAGGACAUGCUGUGAUGAUGCUACUCCAAGUAGGAGUGUUGGAGAAAUUUCAGAGUAUUCCUUUGGUUACUGGACUCGAUCUUGCUUGUUUUGCUGCAACUGUUUUUAUUUCCUCUGCUUGUAUUUUCCUUCUCUCCAAACUCUCUGUUACAAAACUCCAAGAUUAGAUAUUUAUAGGAUAUCAAAAAAAAAAAAAACAAAAAACAGAAGAUAUUUAUAGAUUAUUGGCCUAAGCCUUAGGUAAAUGUAAUUCUUCUGAACACCACACAGAACUACAUGGUUAGAAAUUCUUUUUAUUAAAAUAAGGGUCUUUUUGUAAUGUGUAAUAUAACUUAGUUAAUCAUUCUUUAUAUUAAUUGGUAUACCUCCAAAGAGGAAAGAAGUAGAUGUCAAGUUGUGAUAUAAUUAAUGUGUAGAUUUGUAUUGUACAUAAACAUUAAUUAGAGAAAUAUCAUUUCUCUCGUUCUCUUAAUUUUCUAGUAAUAUACAUAAAUUUAUUUACAUUA